ACAGGAAGAUUUAAUUCUCUCUCAAGUACUACGAUUCAAAUCUGAAAGAGCUGGAAAAUGUGUAAAGGAUUAGCUGCGUUACCCCAAAGCUGCCUGGAAAGGGCAAAGGAGAUCAAGUCGAAAUUGGGGGUUUUGCUGCAGAAGCCCGACAAUGCCAUCGACCUCAUCAUCCCCUACCCGGAGAAGACUGAGAAGAAGCCGGAGAAGCUGCAAAAGCCAACUCCUGAAGAAGCUGCUCAGUGGCGUGAGAGUCUGGACCAUGUCCUAAGCAACGGCUAUGGUGUGGCUGCUUUCCGUAGCUUCCUGCAGUCUGAGUUCAGCGAUGAGAACAUUGAGUUCUGGGCAGCCUGUGAGGACUUCAAGAAGAUCAAGAGCCCAGUGAAGAUGGCUGCCAAGGCCAAGAAGAUCUAUGAGGACUUCAUCCAGUCUGAGGGACCCAGAGAGGUGAACAUUGACCACUUCACCAAGGAUGUGACCCUGAGGAAUCUGGUUGAUCUGUCCCCAGCAACCUUUGACCUGGCCCAGAAGAGGAUUCACGCUCUGAUGGAGAAAGACUCCUUCGCUCGUUUCCUGAGAUCUGAGCAGUACCAGGAGCUCCUGGUCAACUAAACAGGAGCAGGAGUCAGAGGAGCAGGGGUGGGGGGUGGGGUGGGGAUGUUUCAAACAGCAGUUAGUAAACAUGAAAAUAUUAAGAGACAAUAUUAUAAUUUUUAACAUUUGAAUAUUUGCCAAUAAAUAAAUAUCUUUUUUUGUGUAUGGCAGCUUGAGAACCGAUUUAUUUUACAAAAGAUAUAAAACAUCGAAGGGUAAAAAAAAAAAGUUUUGAAAUGUAACUAAAGAGAAAAACUGCCUUUGAAAUAGCCCCACC